AUGGAGGUGGUGCUGAUCUUUCUAUGCAGCCUGUUGGCCCACAUUGUCCUGGCCGAUGCAGUUGAGAGGGAGAAGCAAAUUGACCCUUUUCAUUAUGACUACCAGACCCUAAGGAUUAGGGGGUGGGUAUGUGCUGUGGUCCUCUUCUCCAUUGGGAUCCUCCUUAUCCUAGGUUGCAGAUACAAGUGCAGUUUCAAUCAGAAGCCCAGGACCCCAGGACAGGAGGAAGCCCAGGUGGAGAACCUCAUCACUGCAAAUGCAACAAAGCUCCAGAAAGCAGAGAGCUGA